AUGUCGUCUCUUCUGCUCAACGCGAGCCACAAUCUCUGCUUCAAGCUCUCUUCUUCUGGAUGUCAAUGGCAGCCUCUUCUUCAUAAUAAUACCCAUCGUCUCUCCUUUUCACGGGUGGGUGCUGAAAAGCAAGGUCCCAUUGCUGCUUUAGUUUCUGCUGAACAGCUUGUAUGGCCAUCUCCGAGUGAUGAAAUCCCUUUCUGGAAGAGGGAUUUCCCUUCUUGGGAUGCCGAUUCCGAUGUUCCUAGUGACGUCGUCAAGGAUUCUGAUCCAAUGCACGUCAUCCACGUCACAGCCGAGAUGGCUCCCAUUGCCAAAGUUGGCGGCCUUGGUGACGUUGUGACCGGACUUGCUCGUGCUUGUCUGUCUCGUGGCCAUACAGUGGAUGUAAUGCUCCCUUUCUAUGAGUGCAUACAGAGGCAGCAAGUUGUUGACCUGGAAUUGGUCUCUACAUACAACUCCUAUCUGGAGGGGGAAUGGAUCCCGGUGAAUGCAUAUCGCGGGGUAGUAACUGGCAUUCCUGUGAUACUAAUUGAACCAUCAAACCAGUUCUUCAAAGGGAAGCAAGUCUAUGGUGGUUGCUACAAUGAAUUGGAGGCUUACUUGUUCUUUAGCCGGGCUUGCCUUGAGUGGAUGCAGGUAACGGGGAUUCAACCUGACAUUAUCCACGUCCAUGAAUGGCAGACAGGCGCUUUGCCCUUGCUUUACUGGGAUAUGUACCACCAUCUUUCACUGAAGAAACCACGAAUAGUGUUGACAAUACACAACAUGGAACAUUAUGGAGAAUGCCGCCAAGAGCAAAUCAGCAAAUGCGGUCUUGAUGGGUCAGCAUAUGCAACGGUAGAGAAGGCGGUUGAUGAUCGGACUAUUGGCCAUAAUCCUGAGAGGUUAAGCUUGCUGAAAGGUGGAAUAGUGUACAGCAAUGCAGUAGUUACAGUUUCUCCAACAUAUUUGAAGGAAACAUUAUGUUCAGGAUGGUUGGCAGGCACUUUGAUAAAGUCUCGUGAUAAGUACUUUGGUAUACUAAAUGGUAUUGAUACUACAAUGUGGAAUCCUGCUACUGAUGUUUUUCUGCCUGCUCAGUUCAAUGCUCACAACAUUGAGGGAAAGAAGUUAUGCAAACAGUAUGUGCAAAGGGGGCUUGGUUUGAUUUCUGAGGCCUCUGGAUCCGGUAACCAAAUGCCGGAUGCAGCACCAGAAGUGCCCUUGGUUAUCUGUAUUACAAGACUGGUUCCUCAAAAGGGUCUUCAUUUGAUUACUCAUGCCAUCAAGCGUAUUGAAGAACUGGGUGGACAAAUGAUUAUCCUUGGAAAAGCUUCAGAUGCCCGCGUUGAAAGUGAAUUCAAGCAUCUUGCAGAUUUGCAUAAUCAAGGUCCCAGCAUUCGCAUUCUACUGCUCUACAGCGAGGAGCUGUCCCAUAUGCUUUAUGCUGCGGCAGACAUGGUUUUAGUCCCCUCAAUCUAUGAGCCAUGUGGACUUUCGCAAAUGCUUGGCAUGCGCUAUGGUGCGGUUCCAAUUGUUAGAAAGACAGGUGGCCUUGCGGAUACAGUCUUUGACGUGGAUGAGCAGUCAAACCAUCAUGAGAUGACUAAUGGGUUUGUCUUUGAAGGAAUUGAUGAAGGAUCUUUCAAUUGGGCUCUAGACCGCGCAUUUACAUAUCAUCGAGAAAAACCAGAGGAGUGGACUGGCAUAGUUAGAAGAGUGAUGGAAUGCGACAAUACCUGGAACAACACAGCCGGGAAGUAUAUUGAGGUGUACAACUCGGUUAGGGUUGCAUAG